CGCCGUCCCACUUGGAUUCGGCACGACUAUAAAUAAGCUCCUCCUUCACUCUCCAAGCUAUGUGCAAUCAGCACUAAUAAGAACAUCUAGUGUCUUCUCUGUUCUUUUAUACCAAAAAUGGCAUCCAGCAUGGCAAAAACUUCAUCCAGGGGCCGCAGGAUCCCAUCCUCUCUGAUUCCAGUUGUGUCGACGUCUCUCAAUGUCGGCAUGGCUCUUGGUGCCUGGAUAACAGUCAUCCCAUUCUCAAACGUCGCGUAUCCAGGUCCUGCGGUUGCCGUCUGGUUCAAGGACUUUUUCAAGCCGGGCUUUAUUGGAAUCACGUCUCUCAGUGCAGUGACCAUUGCAUCCGGAAUUCGAUCAGCUCGUACUCGGGAUCUUUCGGGGACAGCAGAGGGUCAGGCCAAGGCCAAGACAGCCUCGCGGUGGGCGAUUGCAGGACUUGCGUUUACGCUUAUUCAUUUCGGGUUCGGGAAUUCGGUACUCGCAAUCAUGGAUCGGAUUCUUGCCAAUCCGGAAUUGGCUCAAGGGGAAAUGGCUGGCUGGAUCAAGCUACAUACGGUGAGAACGCUGACAACUGAUGUGCCAGCCUGGCUGUGCUUUGUUGCAGCCUUGUUGUCUGAGCUAUAGACAAUCCAUUUUAGUCGAAUGAUAGACAAGCAAGAUGUUCAAAUUGUAGCAAAUCAUUUGAAAAUGCGCUUAUUGGAUGUUGG